AUUGCAGUGUGUUAUUGUUUACGUGGGGAAAAAUGAAACAAAGACCCAGAAGUAAAAUGGUGCUGAAAAGCUUAUUUUCAACUACUAAACUUUCACCAUACAGUUUUAAUUGUUUGCAUGAAAAUACGUAAGCUUUGAUAAUGAACUAAACGACUAAGUCGUAUUUUAAAAUGUACAGUUAGCCUUGUUGCCGACUUUCUAUCAAACGCGAGGCAGACGUGUCUCCUUUCACUAAUAUGGACCAGCAUCUGGAUUUGUAAUAGAACUUAUCGUUGAAAUAUAACAUUGCUAUAGUAAUGAGUAGAACAAUGUUAGAUUGUAAAGUCUUUGUAGACCACAUUCUAUCUAUAGUUUUGGAUUAGGAUUUCUUUUUAUUCCACGACUGAUAGACAUUCGUUAGUUAACCUUUUUAAUAAUGGUAAUUAUUUGAAAACAACAUUGCUAGAGCUACAACUAUGGCAAAAGAGAAAGAGCAUAUAACCACUCAAACUAAAUCUCAAACUGUAAAAUAUAUUAGAAAAAAUGAAGUAAUCAAGACUGAAUCUUGCAAUAAUGAAAAUUUAAACUGGUGGUUACUCUUUGGAACUAUUUUAGUACUUACUUUUGCUACAAGGUUUUAUAAAGUAACAGAACCACCUCAUGUAUGUUGGGAUGAAACUCACUUUGGAAAAAUGGGUAGUUGGUAUAUCAAUAGAACAUUUUUCUUUGAUGUUCAUCCACCAUUGGGCAAGAUGCUCAUAGCUUUAUCAGGGUACUUAACAGGGUAUGAUGGGACAUUUCCUUUUGAAAAACCAGGAGACAAAUAUGGAAAUGUAAAUUAUAUUGGUAUGAGAAUGUUUUGUACAUUUUUGGGUGCAAUGAUUGUCCCAUUGUCUUUUUUGACUGUAUGGGAAUUGACAAAGUCAUCAAGAGCAGCAACAUUUUCAUCUGGACUGAUAUUGUUUGAUGUUGGGCUUUUGACUCUAAAUCAGUACAUCUUACUAGAUCCUAUAUUAUUAUGUUUUAUGAUGUGUGCAACUUAUGGAAUGGCUCGUGUUGGUUCAUUACAUGAACAACCUUUUUCAUUUUCUUGGUGGACAUGGUUAAUAUUUACAGGUGUGUCUUUAGCUUGUACAAUGAGCGUGAAAUUUGUUGGAUUAUUUGUUGUGACCUUAGUUGGAUUCUAUACAAUUUAUGAAUUAUGGAGAGAGUUAGGAAAUUUAAAUCAGUCUGUGGUAACUGUUAUUAAACAUCUAGUAGCUAGGAUUUUCUGCCUCAUAAUAUUACCUAUAUUUCUAUAUGCAUUAUUUUUUUACAUCCAUCUAAGCAUUUUGAAUAAAAGUGGGAGUGGUGAUGGAUUUUAUAGUUCUGAAUUCCAAUCAUUGUUAGAGGGCAACUCCCUGCAUAAUGCUACAAUGCCUAGACAUUUGGCAUAUGGUGCAAAAUUUACAUUGAAAAAUCAUCGUACUGGAGGAGGAUAUUUGCAUUCACAUUGGCACCUUUAUCCAGAAAGUGUUGGAGCACGUCAGCAACAGAUUACAACGUAUUCUCAUAAAGAUGAUAACAAUCUAUGGAUAGUAAAGAAAUACGACACAGACGAGAUUCCUACAGAGCCUGAACUAGUAAGACACGGCGAUCUUAUUCGUUUAGAGCACGUUAUUACUCGACGAAACUUACAUUCUCAUAAGGAGGUUGCACCAAUAUCCAAAAAGCAUUAUCAGGUUACUGGUUAUGGAGAGAACGGUACCGGCGAUGCAAAUGACGUUUGGAAAGUGGUGAUACAUCAUGGAAAUGAGAGAGAUAUUGUGGAAACCAUGACAAGCAAAUUAAAGUUUGUACAUUAUUUACAACAUUGCGUUCUCACGUGCAGUGGAAAGACUCUGCCGAAAUGGGCUUACAGUCAACAAGAAGUAUCUUGUAAUCCUAACAUAAGAGAUAAAAAUUCUUUAUGGAAUAUUGAAGACAAUCACUUUCCAAAAUUACCGAAUGUAAGUUUUCAAGUGUACGCACCCGACUUCCUAAAGCGAUUUUUCGAAUCUCACGCCGUAAUGUUGCAAGGGAACUCUGAGUUGAAAGUUAAAGAAGGCGAAGUUUUCUCAAGACCUUGGCAGUGGCCAAUCAAUUACAGAGGCCAAUUUUUCUCUGGGAGCAACCAGCGAAUCUAUCUACUCGGCAACCCAAUCAUAUGGUGGGGAAAUCUGUUAUUUCUGGUAAUUUUUGCGCUUGUUUAUAUUAACGCAGCGGUGCGUGAAAAACGAGGCUGCGAAGAAGACACAGAAUCGGUGCAACAAAGGAAAACCAUCACGACAGCCGGAAGCUGGCUAUUUAUCGGCUGGUUAGUGCAUUACGCACCGUUCUGGGCGAUGACGCGAGUUCUGUACUUCCAUCAUUACUUUCCGGCCUUGUUAUACAGCUCUAUGCUAACUGGGAUAACGCUUCAUUAUAUUCUCGAAAGUUUAUCAAUCUUAUUCGACGAUAAAAUUGCUGCUAAGACCACUAAGCACGCUAUUCUCGGGAUCGCCGUGUCUGGAAUUGCUUACAGCUUCUAUUUGUUUUCUCCAUUGGCCUACGGCAUGGAGGGUCCCGCUGCAAACGAUCCCAAUAGCACGUUGUACUCGCUUCGCUGGUUAGACACUUGGGAAUUCUGAAAGCUUUCUGUUGGCUUGCUAAUUAUAACUGAUUAUAAGUCCUAUUUAUUUUUUCACGCCUAGAUUUAUAAACAUCGUCAUUUUUACAUUAAAUCAUACUCGCCGUGAAAGCGAAGU